AUGUGUCACAUAACCCACCACAAAUUCAAAGCCUGUCCCUGCCACAAAACAAGCACCAAGCCCUGCGAUACCUACAUCACUGCAAUCGACGAAUUUGAAUCAGGACACCACAGUUACCUACAUUUUCAUCGCUCAGCUUCGCGACGCCAUCAUUUACUCGGCGAUGGAGAAGAUGUUGGGAAGAAGAAAGCUAAUAAACCUGAAAUGAGAGAUUGUCCGCUUUUUCAUGAGGAAGAUUCAGAGGAUCCAGAGGAGAUUGAUGGGACUUGCGAGAUGGUACCCUGGGGAUGUCCGUAUAAUGAUGUGCGGAAGAAGGAGGAGGGAGGGAAGAGGGUCUGGGAGAGUCCGGAGGAGAUGUGGGUGCUGAAUUUGAGGGGGAGGAGUGGGGUUUGGUAG